GCAUUGCUAACGCUACCGCCAUAUUUGAAGAAAGCCGGUCUUUGUACAAUCAUAUUUUGGGAAUCUUGUGCCAUCUUGACGGUUUUAUGUGUUGAACAAGUUUUACUGUACCUGAUAUAAACACAUAUAUUCAGUAUGUCCAUUGGUGUACCUAUAAAGGUUCUGCAUGAAGCAGAAGGCCACGUAAUCACGUGUGAAACGACCACAGGUGAAGUGUAUCGGGGAAAGCUUGUGGAAGCUGAAGACAACAUGAACUGUCAAAUGUCUAAUAUUACAGUGACUUACAGAGAUGGCAGAGUUGCACAACUAGAGAAUGUUUUCAUCAGAGGCAGCAAGAUCAGAUUUCUCAUACUACCAGAUAUGUUAAAGAAUGCUCCGAUGUUCAAGAAAAUCCAGGGCAAAGGCCCCGGUGGUGGAGCUACGAGAGGAAAAUCAGCUAUUCUACGUUCACAGGCUGCUGCUCGUGGACGAGGCAGGUCAAGAGGCCGGGGAAAUGUGUUCCAGAGAAGACAGUGAUGUAGCACUGAAAAUGAGACUUGAUUUUAUCUCCAGUGAAGAUCAAUUACAGUUAUCUUUGCACUAGGGUUGCAAGUAUUGAGGCAAAGUACCUGGAUCUGUGCAACUGAAGACUACUGUUACGUUCAAAGCAGCAUGUACAUAUAGAGCAAAGGGAGAAACAUUUGUGAAACAGUUCACAUGGAUAGUCUUACCUAGUACCGCUUUCAUUGAAAAGAAGCCUCAUGAUCAGUUAUUAUUUUGAGUAAUGUAGUGGUAGUCAAUAAUUCACAAAAUUUGUGAGGUUACUUUUUUAUAACUGUUGACUGAAGGUUUUAUUGGAGUUAAUGCACACCAGUGCUGGGAUUGAUGAGGUUGGGAUCAUUGAUGCAGUUGGAUUUUAUUUCAUGCAGAUUAUGAGCAAUACAUUUCAUUAACCCGUCUCCCCACACACCCAGUCAAAUGAAUAAUAAAUGUUUUUGCAACACAUCAGGUACAAAUGAGUUAAUAGGUUAAGUUUGCAAGAACAAAAUUUUGUAUUAUAUUAAAGAACAUUAAUUAGCAGAAAAAGAAAGAACCAUGAAAUAUGACAGGACUUUAUUUGCUUUUUUCAAGAAUAAUACAUUCCUUGAAAAAAUAAGACUGCUCUACGUGUUGGUUUUAUGUUCAAUAUAAUGUUUUAUAUAAAUAAAAUUCUUAUAAAUA